AUGAAAUGGAUGAAAGGUGAGAAACAAGGCAUCGUUGUAGCUGGUGGCCACGGUAAAGGAAAUAAUCUAUCACAAUUAUCAAAUUCUAAUGGAAUUAUCGUGGAUCAAUCAGGUACUCUUUAUGUGGCUGAUUAUUCGAAUCAUCGAAUCAUGCGUUGGUCUCUAGGAGUCACAGAAAGAAAUGUUAUCAUUGGUGGAAAUGAUCAAGAAAGUCAAUUGAAUCAAUUCUUGUGUCCCAUCGGUUUGUCAUUUGAUCAAGAGAAUAAUGUCUAUGUGUGUGAUUAUGGAAAUAAUCGAGUACAAAAGUUUAAUAUUGAUCAAAAUUGA